CGUUUCAUAUCAAAAAUAGAAGAAUUGUCACUAUCUUGGGCAUUAAUAUUUAUUUUACUUUACAUUGUUUUUAAUAUGAAUUAGGAUUUUUGUAUUGAUCCUAUAUCUUUUAUGUGAGGAUACUAUUAUAGAUAGAUUAACUAUACUUGACAUAUUUCAGAGAUAUAAAAAUAAAUGGAAUCAGAAGCAUCUCUAAUUUUGACUGGAGAAACUACUACAACCAUUGAAAAGUCCGAUGAUAAAUCUUCAACGUCAAAUCCUUUGAUGGUAGUUAGACGUAAAGGAGAUAAAAUUUAUUAUGUCAAAGAUGAAAAUAUUUGGAUGAAUGAUAAUGAAGUCCGUCAAAGUAAACCGAGUGUCCAAAAAGCUAGUAAUCCAUCCGCGACGAAAGAAACGGAAAAUGAUAUAAUAAAUUCAGAAUCUUCCGUUAAGACGUUCACUUUUGAUGAACAUCAAAACAGCUCAGAAACAGAAAAAUGCAUAGAAUUUUGGAAAGCUGUCAUGGAACGAAACCUACAACCUAUAAAAGCAAAUAUAAUACGAGAAACAGUGGACUUACAACGCGCAGAUUCAGACAUAACAGAUGAAAAAAAGAAUCGAGAAAUAGAACAAGCGGUGAAAAGGGCAACUGAUAAUAUACACGCUGAAUACAGAGCACUUUGGACAUCUCUUAUCCAAGAAAUUAAAGCCAAUAAAUUAGAGCAAUUAAAAAAAAGUGUUAAAGUACGAUGUCAAGUAUGUGCCACUUCAAAUGUUCAAUUAGAUGUACGAAAUUGUGAUGUUAAAAAGAAACCAACUAAUAAAACAGAAGUAAUAACUAAGUUGACACCAGUAGAAGAAAAGGAAAAGUACUGUGCUAUACCUCGAUCCAAACAGAAAAAAGUAACUGAUGUAAAGGGAAGAAAGAAGUCAAAAAAAUCCUGCCUAAGAAAAGAUGGUGAUUGUGAUUGUCUUAAAAAGGGAUGUAAAUGUCCCUUUCCAUACGUAUUAAAACAUAAAGCAGAUGCUGACAAAGAGACAGAUAAAAUAAAAGACGUGCCAUGUCACUGCUGCCAAGCUGAUUUAUCUGACUCAGAGGAAGAAGUAGAAGUUAUGGCAAUAAAUUUAAAUAACGAUGUAAAAGAAAAAUUGCCAUUAGAUGAAGAAUUAACUGAGAAGCAAGAUUUAAGUACUAAAGUAUACGAAGAAGAAAUGUAUGGAGAAAUAGAAGAUAACGGCACAGACAUAAAUGAUAUAAAUGGCAAUAUUGUAAUGAUCCAUGCAGAAUCGUUACCUUCGAAUGAGUCGGUGGAGUCCUCAGUGAAGUCCACAGUUGAUUUAUCUCAACUUGACAGUAGCGAUGUGAGAAAAGUAUCAAUGAUUCUGCCUACCACUGGAGAAGUAAAAGUUAUUGAAAGACAACAGGUCGACAAUUUGAUGUGGGAAAAACCGAUAAUAAAACGUAAAGGUCUGGCAACACCUAAAGAUUCAUUUAUGUUAAUGCAACACCAACAUCUAUUAAAAGAAGGUAGCAAAGUCUUACAUCCCAAUUAUUUUAAAUACGGUAGUGCAACAACAACGGGAAAAUUGUCUUAUAAGUUGCCAUCUGGAAAAGUAGAGGUAUUAGAAAGGGAAAUCGUGGAAGAUACAGACUGGGAAAUGCCAAAAAAUUAUUGUAAAUACCCUAGGUCAAUUUUAGCCUCUGUCCCAUCACUUGAAGUCUAUAAGUCAAGAAUGUCCAAGUCCAAGAGUUAUUCCAAUAGAUCCACUGAUGAUUUAAAACCGAUUUUAAAAAACUCUAAGACUCAAUUUCAAUCCUUGCAUUACAAUUCUGAGAAUAGCACAAGUGAGGUAUAUUUAAAAAGUCCAAAACACUCGACCGAUUCUAGUGAUUCAGAUAAAUAUUCUCAAUAUUCUGAAAGACAAUCAUUUUAAUUUGUUUAUUACAUGAAGAAACACUUGUCAGGAACUGCUUAAUACAUACAAUGUAUAUACACGAUUUAUAUAUACCUACUGUUAUUAUACAUUUUUAGAAUAAAAGAUUCCAAAACAACUACAACUAUUU